UUAUAGGACUUGACCAACCCCAUAGUCCUCAAGUCACUCCUAGAUAGUGGCAGGUGGUAGCUGGCUUGCGGAAGGAGGAGGAAGAAGAGAAUGCUGGAAAUCAAGGAGCAAGUCCAGCUUUGCACUUGGGCCCCCUCUGCCCAGUGCUGACCACAGCUUUCUGAGCUGCUUCCUAAUGAGGCUCAUUUGAGGACCCUCUCCUGCUGUCUUGGGUGACAGAUCUAGCUCCAGGCUGUAAGAAAACUAGGAGGAUUACCAAAGCAAUAUGGAGCCAGACAGUGGCCAACCCCUGAACAACCAUGAUGUCCCUCCCUUUCGCAAACCCCGAAGUCCCCUGGAGACCUUCAAAAAGGUGGGGAUCCCCAUCAUCGCGGUGAUUCUGAGCCUGAUAGCCCUCGGGAUUGUGGCCCUCCUCAUCAAAGUGGUUCUGGAUAAAUACUACUUCAUCUGCGGAAAUCCCCUGACCUUCAUUCCGAGGGGCCAGAUGUGUGAUGGCCACCUUGACUGUGCCUCGGGGGAGGAUGAGGAACACUGUGUCAAGAACUUCCCUGAAAAGCCUGGAGUGACAGUCCGACUCUCCAAGGACAGAUCCACCCUGCAGGUACUGGAUGCAGCCAGAGGGACCUGGGCCUCAGUCUGUUUUGACAACUUCACAGAAGCGCUGGCCAAGACAGCCUGCAGGCAGAUGGGCUAUAACAGCCAACCCGCUUUUGGACCAGUGGAGAUGGGCCCAAACCAGACUCUCCUCGUCACCCCAGUCACAGGAAACAGCCAGGAACUUCAGAUGCAGAAUGGAAGCAGAUCCUGCCUCUCAGGCUCCCUGGUUUCCCUGCGCUGCCUUGACUGUGGAAAGAGCCUGAAGACUACUCGUGUGGUGGGUGGGGUGGAGGCCUCUGCGGAUUCUUGGCCGUGGCAAGUCAGCAUCCAGUACAACAAGCAGCAUGUCUGUGGUGGGAGCAUUCUGGACCACCACUGGAUUCUCACAGCAGCCCACUGCUUCAGGAAAUAUCUUGACGUGUCCAGCUGGAAGGUGAGGGCCGGCUCAAACAAGCUGGGUAACUCUCCGUCCUUGCCUGUGGCCAAGAUCUUCAUUGCUGAACCCAAUCCCCUGCAACCCAAAGAGAAGGACAUUGCCCUCGUUAAGCUGAAGAUGCCGCUCACAUUCUCAGGCUCGGUCAGGCCCAUCUGCCUGCCUUUCUCUGAUGAAGAGCUCAUCCCAACCAUGCCAGUCUGGGUCAUUGGAUGGGGCUUUACAGAGGAAAACGGAGGGAAGAUGUCUGACACGCUGCUGCAGGCGUCAGUCCAGGUCAUCGACAGCGCACGGUGCAAUGCGGAGGAUGCCUACCAGGGGGAGGUGACUGCUGGCAUGCUGUGUGCAGGUACCCCACAGGGUGGCAAGGACACCUGCCAGGGUGACAGUGGUGGGCCUUUGAUGUACCAUUAUGACAAGUGGCAGGUUGUAGGCAUCGUGAGCUGGGGCUAUGGCUGUGGGAGCCCAAGUACCCCUGGAGUGUACACCAAGGUCACUGCCUAUCUUGACUGGAUCUACAAUGUUCGGAGGUCUGAGAUGUAAUGUUGCUAUCUGCCACCCCAGAGGCUGCUUCCCCUCAGACCUGCCUACUGUGUGAUCCCUCAAAGUCAGACAUGGGACAAGAGCCUCCUUGAACAAACUCUGGUAUUUCCUGCAGCAGCCAAGGACUCAGACAUACGCAUUGCAGAGGUGCCUGGAGUGGACUCAGGUGGACUGGCUCAGCCACUCCUGCCUCUCCCAAACCCUGGGAGACAUGCGGUCCAUAGGAGUGAAGCCAUUGACACAAUUCUCAGAAGUGUUAUUCAGUCAAGGUGGCUCUCUCUUCCACUGAAGGAAGGGAGGUCAGCUUUCUCCUGAGAGCCCAGACCAGUGAGGACUGAGUAGAUGAGACAAGGGUCAGAAAAGCUUUCUUUGCCUCGUCGUGAAAGCACUGGGUUAAGAGGUCAGUCUCUUCUAAGGUGAGGUGUAUAUUUUAAUGUCAGGGUAUUAUUGUCCCUCCUGUGGUCAAUAUCAUUAAACGGGUAUGAGAAAUCGCUGGCAUAGACUUUUUGGACUGCAUGAUAAGAAUCCAACUAGGACUGUCACACCUUUAGUCUUUGUGCUGGUACUGCAUGACUGGUCCCAGAGCACAAAGGACAAGCCACAGAAAUUAUUCCACCUGAGUCUUGAUUGCUGAACCAAUACGUUUGCUGGGCCGUCUGGCA